AUUAUCAACAAGCCAAUUUCCCACUCUCGCAUCCCAGUUGCCCGAUUCUUCCACUCUAUCAAAAUGGCCGACAAGUACAAGCCCUCUGAGCACGGUGGUCUCCGCGAGGACGGCCAGCCCGACAAGCGCACCCAGCAGUCCCAGUUCGCCUACGGCAAGGUUGACCCCCACAAGGCCGGUCAGGAGGGGGGCUCCAUCGGCGGCCAGGCCACCGGAAGCCACAGCGGUGGCAGCGCCAAGGGCGAGUUCGCCCACGGCAAGGUCGACCCUCACGAGGCCGGCCGCAAGGGCGGCCAGACUCUUGGUGAUGAGUAGAUUAUACGCCGACUCAUCCAUCACGAUUUGAUGAUACGACCCGACUGGGAACAUGACAUGACUCUCGAAUAUACGAUCAGGG